GGAAAGUUUUCAACCAUGGGUAACAACAAUGAAGAGCCAAGCUCUGCUCCAGCGUCUGAUCGCUGGUACAACAUUACGCUUGGCUCCUCCUUCAGAGACCACCACUACAAUGGUCAAUCUCCCAAGUUCUGCACUUUACGUUAUGAAUUUAAACCAGCUUCUAUUGAUCGUAACCAACCUGGCUUACUCCACAAGAGCAAGGAUAACAGGGUUACGGUAGAAUUUCAAAACAAUCAGCAGGGAAAACUUAAGGUGAUUUUUGAGGGCGUUGGUGAAGAUUACAGGGAUAAGGACAACGAUGCAGUUUUAUUUUUUGAUGG